AUGACGAUGAUGAUUAGGUAUAGAGAUCCACGGAGUGGUUUUGAGAAGCGCAAUGUAAUGACCAGACCUGUGCUUUGGAAAGAUUUUCUGGCCAGCUAUAUGAAGGCUGGUUGGCAGCACAGACACCAAUUACGAAGAUAUAAUAGUCUAUGGCAAGAGGUUUCCAAGCUUUACGUGGAGACACGGCCUAAGAAUUUAGGUUGUUUCAUUGAUUGGGGUCUUCAGGGUUGCUACAGUUUGGUGAAAUCCAAAGCCUACCUUGAAGUGGAAGACUAUGACUCAGAUGUCCUGGUAUGUCCCUUGCGCCCUGUGGACCGUUUCCGUGACCUGCAUCCCAAUGAAGUGGCAGAUUUGUUUCAGGUGGCCCAAAGAGUUGGGAAUGUGGUGGAGAAACACUUCCAGGGAACUUCCCUCACAUUUUCCAUGCAGGAUGGGCCUGAAUCUGGACAGACUGUGAAGCAUGUUCAUGUCCAUAUUCUUCCCAGGAAGGCUAACGACUUCAGCGACAAUGACAGCAUCUAUGAUAAGCUUCAGAAGCAUGAUAAAGGAGAAGACUCCCCGCCAUGUGGAGGUCAGAAGAUGAAAUGGCAGAAGAAGCAGCUAAGCUCCGGGUAUAUUUUCAGUAAAGAAGCUCCCAGACAAGAAGACAUCUUGGACAAAUCUCAAGGCAAGAGAAAGUGGAACUCCUCGUCCAGGAUGUCAUCAUAUUGGCCUUGAAGCUGAGCCUGAUCAAUUAUCCCCUCCAAAGAAUGCAACACUUUCCUUGAUGUAACCCUUUAUUACCCACGGGCCUGUUCCAUCAGAAUGACUGACAAGUCCUUUUUCCUCACCGUGGAUUUACUCAUGCCCAUUUUCCCCUUAGUUUUGCAGUUUAGACUGGCAGCUGUCCCUGGUCCUGCCUGGAAAUAAAGCAUUUGUUAAAAUGUC